AUGUCUGUCAAGACUCCGCCCAUUAAGGACCUCCUCGAGGUCACGGAGGACAAGGAGAAUGGCCUCACUUUUAUGAAGAACGUUUCCAUUCCCCUGAAGGACUCACCACUUCCAAUCAGAGCCAAUGUUUACCUCCCGCUCACGUCGGGAAAGACCGGUCGCUAUCCGGUGCUGGUAACCUACGGUCCCUAUGGCAAGGACAUUCCGUACGCCAAGUUCUACCCUAAAUCGUUCAGUGAGGUGAACCCCGAGCAAAAGUCCAAGUACUCAGCCUGGGAGACUCCGGACCCUGUCUACUGGACCAGUCAGGGCUAUGCCAUCAUCAGAGCCGACGAGCGCGGCUUGGGUCAGAGCCCUGGUUUCCUAGAUACCAUGAGCCGCGGCACGAGCGAGUGUUUCUUCGAUGUUGUUGAAUGGGCCGCUGAGCAACCUUGGUCUAAUGGAAAAGUUGGCCUAUUGGGUAUAUCCUACUAUGCCGGCUCUCAGUGGCGAGUUGCGGCUCGUCGCCCCAAAGGUCUCGCAGCUAUCAUCCCGUGGGAGGGUAUGUCUGACUACUACCGUGACCGUUGUCGACACGGUGGCAUUUACUCCAAUAAGUUCAUCGGCGUGUGGUGGAAUCGACAGGUCCUUGUGAACCAGUAUGGCCGCAAAGACAGGUCGAAGCUGGACUUUCCUCCCGACGGACCCGGAGCCAGGGGUCAGGAGGACACCAUCGAGGGCGAUUUGCCUGACGACGUCCUGGUCGCCAACCGUCAGGACCAAACCAAAGAUAACGAGGCCAAUCGUUUUCGCGACGACGACUAUUACGCCAGCAAGGAGUAUAAGCUGGAAGACAUUGAAGUUCCCGUGUUAAGCGUUGCCAACUGGGGUGGCAUUCUCCUUCAUUUGAGAGGCAACGUCCAGGGAUAUCUUGGAGCCGGCUCCAAGCUCAAGUACCUCCGCUUCAUCACUGGGCGGCAUGAUCUACCCUUCUACUACCCCGAGGAGGUUGAACUCCAGAAGAGCUUCCUCGACGCUUUUCUGAAGGGUGAUGACCGCGUGGGCUGGAGUGUUCCUGGCAAGGUGUCUCCUGUAACGCUCACACUGCGCAAGGGCAACAUCGGCUUCAACGAUGCCCAGAGGGAGAAGGCUUACGAAAGGAGAGAGGAGAGUGCCUGGCCCAUUCCACGUACGGAGUACACGAAGUUUUUCCUGACCUCGGACCUGGGAUUGACAGCAGCUGGUCCCAGUUCGGAGUCAAAGACGGUGUCGUAUAAGGCUCUUGGGUCCUUGGAGAACCAGCAAUUCGUAUCCUUUGCCACUGCGUCCUUUGAGCAGGAAACCGAAAUCACAGGUCACGUAGUGGCCCACCUCAACGUCUCUGUAACGCCCGAUAACACCGGACACGACACUGAUAUUGACCUAUUCGUAACUCUGCGCCACAUCGACCCGACAGGCCAGGAAGUGUUCUACACAGGAACAGCCGGAGACCCUGUGCCACUUGUGAAGGGCUGGCUUCGUGUAAGCAACCGCAAGGUGCAUGACGAGAACCCUAGGCACAAGUCUUGGCUGCCUCACAGAGAGUAUCUCUCAACAGACGUCCAGCCUGUCAAGGCCGGCGAGAUUUACGCGGUAGAUGUCGAGCUCUGGCCCACGAACGUAGUUGUCGACAAGGGCGGCAAAAUCGUAUUUGAAGUUGCGAGUGGCGACACACAAGGCAGUGGCAUUUUCCAGCACUCCUCCGAUGUCGACAGGCCUGCCAUCAAGUUUGCAGGACUCAACAACAUUCAUUUCGGGCAGGGCCUGGAGAAUUAUCACGUGAAGAUGAGCUUCUCUCAGCAUUUCUCCCUCGCCAACAUUCCCUACGGCAUUGCCAGCACUGCCGAACAUCCAAAAGGCGUAGCCACGAGGAUUGGCAAUUUGGUUGUAUUUCUUGCGGAUUUGGGCCUCGAUGCUUCCAAGCAGGUCCAAGCCGCGCUGUCCCAGCCAACUCUCAAUGCUCUAGCCGCCAUAGGGAAGGACGAACUCCGUCUGCUCAGAAAGAGCAUUCGAAACACCUUGUCCGAUCAGUCGGUGGUUUCAAAACGCGGCGUCCCGAUUGAACAUGUUCAUCUGCACUUGCCGGUGCAGAUUGGCGGUUUCACCGACUUCUCUUGCUCCAAGGAACACUUGUUGAAUGCAUCAGCGGCCGUUAUGGGACAGGCGUCGAUGCCGCCCGCAGCACCGUAUCUUCCGAUCGGGUACAGCGGUCGGCCGUCCAGCAUCGUGGUCUCGGGAACGAAAAUCACUCGCCCUUACGCUCGUGACAUCCAAGGGUUCGAGAUGAAUCCUCUCGGCCCAAUGAAUGGAAAGUCUUUUGGAACUUCAAUCAGCCCUUGGGUGAUAACGCUUGAAGCCCUCGAGCCUUUUGCGACACGGCCGCCCACGAAGGACGUACCAGCGCAGUCUUACCUGCUCGACCACAAAGAGAAGUCAAGCUAUAACAUUGCCCUGAAAGCCGAGGUGUUGGCGGACGGGCAGACCACGACGGUAUGCACGGCGCAGCUCAGCUGGAUGUAUUGGACGUUUCGAGAUCUUGUAGCGCAGCAGACAAUCAACGGUUGCAACCUCAACACGGGCGACGUUUUGGCUACGGGUACGGUGUCGGGUGCUGGCGACGACGAGCACGGCUGUCUGCUUGAGAUGACCAAGGGUGGCAAGGUCAGUUGGAAGACAUCUGACGGUCAAGACAGAACGUAUUUGCAAGACGGCGACGGGGUGCGCAUGAGCGGCUAUGCUGGCGACGGCGUGGGGUUUGGUGAAUGCAUCGGAUUCAUCUCUCCCGCUCGGCCAUUUUGA